AUGAGAUGCUGGGCGUGCUCUGCCCCGUCCCCAACAGAUGCCCAGUCCCCGGGGCUCUGCGGUGCUGGCAGUGACACCUCUGCUCUCGCCCAGGUGAAGCGGCGCUCGAAGCGGGGGCAGGUGGGCACGGUGCAGGUCGGCGUGGAGACCUAUGGAGGGGGCAUCUGGAACACUUGGUUUGACCGUGACCUCACCGUGGCCGGGAGGGAGAUCAUAAAGGACCCGGCCACGGGGCGCCUGGAGCAGCACCUGGUACAUGUGGAGCGGCCCAUCCUCCGCAUUCCCCACCUGGCCAUCCAUCUGCAGCGCAACAUCAAUGAGAGCUUCGGACCUAACACCGAGCACCACCUGGUUCCCAUUCUGGCCACUACUGUGCAGGAGGAGCUGGAAAAGCAGGUGGUCAUGGAGGCCACACCUUGCAAUGCUGCAGCCCAGGCAGAGCGGCACAGCCCUGUCCUGCUUUCCCUGCUCUGCCUCCAUAUGGGGGUGAGACCGGAGCAGAUUGUGGAGCUGGAACUAUGCCUGGCAGACACGCAGCCAGCGACACUGGGUGGUGCCUUUGAUGAGUUCAUCUUCUCCCCACGCCUGGACAACCUGCACAGCUGCUACUGUGCCCUGCAGGCCUUGAUUGACUCGUGUGCAGCGCCCUCCUCCCUCUCCCAGGAGCCCAACGUGCGUCUCGUCGCGCUCUACGACAACGAGGAGGUAGGAUCAGAGAGCGCACAGGGCGCAGAGUCCUUGCUGACGGAGCUGGUGCUGCGGCGGAUCUCGGCAUCACCCCAAAACCUGACAGCCUUUGAGGAGGCCGUGGCCAAGUCCUACAUGAUCAGUGCUGACAUGGCCCACGCUGUGCACCCCAACUACGUGGACAAGCAUGAGGAGAAUCAUCGUCCAGCCUUCCACAAGGGCCCUGUCAUCAAAGUGAACAGCAACCAGCGCUACGCCUCCACAGCUGUCACCGAGGCAGUCAUCCGGGACAUCGCCGCCCGCGUGGGGGUCCCUCUGCAGGUGAGUGGGGCUGGGCAAGGCCUCCCUGAGCGUUGCCACCUUCAGCUGCUGCCCUACCC